UUUACCGGCAAUAUAAAUCCAAGUCGCAGCACUAUCAAAUUACUCAAAAUCUUAAAAACGCAACCAACACAGCCAUGCCAACCAACACCAUUACAAUCAUCUUUUCGCCGUACCAUGUUGGUCUACGAGAUCACCGAGUGGGCAACGGACCUCACCGCAUCCGAUCGUUAGGGAUUGUUCAAGAACUCGAGCGUCUGGGGAUCACGAUCGAGAUAAACGAGAUCGACCAUGUGGAUGACUACGAGGGAGAAAUCGGCCGCAGUUUCGAGAUCCUGCGUCGGAUCUCCAAGGCAGUCGCAGAAGCAGUGUCCAAGAAUACCUUCCCAUUGGUCCUCGCGGGAAACUGCAUGUCCAGCGCUGCAGUUGCCUGUGGUCUGGGCCGCAGAGAUCUGUCUUUCAUUUACUUCGACGCACACGACGACCUCGACUCGCCAGAUGUUAACGAGAACGGUUAUUUUGACGCCAUGGGCCUAUCCAUGCUCCGCGGCGAAAGCUGGAAGACCCUGAUGCGGACGGUCCCUGGUUUCAAGCCGUUCAGUUACGACAAAUUUCUCUAUUGCGGCCUGCGUGACCAGUCCGAUAUUCAGCGACAGCGUGUGAUCGAUGCAGGGAUGAAAUCGAUUUGGGGAGAGACCUCGAGAAAGGUGGAUUUUGCCGGAGAGCUCGCGUCGGAGCUAGCGAAGACGUCAUAUGAUCCCGCUCUGGUGCAUCUUGACCUCGAUGUCUUGGACGGGUCGUAUGGGAAAGUCAACGAUUAUCCGUCUCCAGGGGGGAUGUUGGAAUCCGACUUGAUCAGCUGCAUGGAUAUUGUGGGAAAGACUGCUGCGCCCAAAUCACUCACCGUUUGUUCCUUUGAUCCCAAUGCUGGGGAUGGUGAUAAGAUAGCACGAAUUGCCAUUCGGGCUAUCAGUACUUUUUUCCAGACCCUGAUAGCAUCUGGGGGGUUAUCCAAGCAUUAACUAAAAGAGACUCGUUGAGUUAAUAGCUGUGUAUUAUAUGGAAAAUAAUGCCAGAAAUGGAUUUCAGACGUG